AGGCGCUUCCGCGACUCGUGACGUCAGGGGCCCGCGGCGCGAUACCGGGUCGCUCAUCCCGGGAGCCGCAUCGCCACACCCAUCGCAUCGUGCACGUGACCGUGGCGGAAGAGAGGGCCACCGCUUGAAAGAGACCGCGCCGCGCUUACGCUCCGCACUCGACGGCUGCGUGCCGGCACGUUCAUUCAGCGCGGAGGCGACCAGCAGCGCAGGCGUCAUCGUUACACCGCGGCAGCGCCCUUUGGCACUACCCAGCAAACAGACCACCAUGUCGGGCCACGGAAGGCGCCACCUGAACGACCCAAACUCGGAUGCCUACAGGGCGCACAUGGCGGCUGUCCUGGAGCGCAUGCGCAGGGAGUACGAGCGGAAACAGCGCGAAGAGGCAGCGCGCCGAGGGAAAUACCGAGGCGAUGCCAUAAAGGUGGACGCCGUGGAGGUUUACGCCAAGGACAACGCCAAGCACCACCACACGGAAAUGUUCGACUCACUGGAGAUGAGCGACCCGCCGCUCAUCAUACGCCGCGGCCAGCCGUUUUUUCUAGCCGUCCGCUUCAAGCGUGAAUACCAGCCGGGAAUCGACGACGUUACCCUCGACUUCAGCAUCGGCCCCAACCCCGAGAUGAGCAAGGGGACCUUCGUGAGCCUGCGCGUGCCGGACACCAAGGGCGACUUUAGCCGGUCUCCGCAGAGCUGGGACGUGCGCCUGACGCACCACGACCGCGCCGUCAUGUCCCUCCAGGUGUUCGCGCCGGCCAACGUGAGCGUGGGCCUGUGGCGAAUGGCCGUGCUUAGCCGGUCGCGCGCCGACCCGUCGGCCAGGGACAAGUACCGACAUCCGUCCGACAUCUACCUGCUGUUCAAUCCGUGGUGCAAAGAUGACAUGGUGUACAUGGAUAACGAAGACUGGCGACGAGAGUACGUGCUCAAUGAUGUUGGCAAGAUUUACAUGGGGUCCUGGAAGCAACCAGAGGGUCGGCAGUGGAUUUUCGGUCAGUUUGGAGACAUGGUCCUGCCCGCUUGCUCGCUGGUCCUGGACAAGUCCAACCUCAGUUACGCCGCCAGGGCCAACCCGGUGAAAGUGGUCCGCGCAAUCUCCGCAAUGGUGAACAGUGCUGACGACGGAGGCAUCGUCACUGGCAACUGGUCUGGCAACUACGACGAUGGCACAGCACCCUGGAUGUGGACCGGAAGUAGCGCCAUCCUCGAGCAAUACGUCAAAAGUGGUGGCACCUCCGUCAACUACGGGCAGUGCUGGGUCUUCUCUGGCGUCUGCAACACCGUCUGCCGUGCGCUCGGUAUUCCGUGCCGUCCGGUUACCUGUUAUGCGUCUGCUCACGAUACGGACGAGAGUAUUACCAUCGACCGUUACUUCGACAAGGAAGGCGAGGAACUGAAGAAGUACUCCCGGGAUUCUAUCUGGAACUUCCACGUGUGGAACGAAGUGUGGAUGGCAAGGAAGGACCUCCCACCGGGCUACGGCGGAUGGCAGGCUAUUGACGCUACGCCGCAGGAAACCAGUGACGGCUACUACCAAGUCGGUCCGUGCUCAGUGAUGGCCGUCAAGAAGGGCGAGAUAGGCUACAUGUACGACUCACCGUUCGUGUUCGCCGAGGUCAACGCCGACAUCAUCCACUGGAAAGAAGACCCCGAAAGUGCCUUCGGUUGGUCUCGAAACAAGACACUAACAUAUCAUGUGGGCCUUGGAGUGUUGACGAAGAAACCAAACGUUAAGAUCCAGGAAGGCAUGGGAGAUGCCGAGGACAUAACGCACUGUUACAAGAACAAAGAAGGAACGGAGGAAGAGCGCAUGGCGGUGCUGAACGCUGCGCGCAGCGGCGGCCUCAGCGUGCUGUUCGAGCUGCCCAGCGAGUCGAAGCAGGACGUUUCGCUGAAGCUGCAGGACGUCGAGAGCGUCAUGAUCGGCGAGCCGUUCAACGUGACCGUCAGCAUGCGCAACGAGAGCCUGGAGCAGCGCACGGUCAACGCAGUGCUCUGCGCCUCGUCCGUCUACUACACGGGCAUCCUGGCGCGCAAGAUCAAACGCGACAAGGCCACAUUCGUGCUCCAGCCGCAGGAAGAGGAGGUUUUGUCACUGACGGUGCAGCCCGAGGAGUACCUCGAUAAACUGGUGGACUUCGCAAUGGUGAAGAUAUACGUCAUUGCGAACGUCAAGGAGACAAGACAAACAUGGUCUGAAGAGGACGAUUUCACUAUCACGAAGCCGAAGCUGGACAUCCAGGUUGAAGGACCAGUGAAGGUGGGCCAUCCAUUCAGACUUGUAAUGCGCUUCACAAAUCCCCUGAACGUGCCCCUCCAAGACUGCACCUUGUCCGUUGAAGGCCCUGGCGUCACAAGCGCACACAUCGUUCACCUCUCGAAUGUGGCACCGCACGCCGAGUGGGUACACCGGGAGACGUUCGUGCCCGUGAAGUCCGGACCGCGCAACGUGAUGGCCGUCUUCAACUGCCAAGAGCUGUUUAACAUCGAGGGCUCGGCGCAGACGGUGGUCGAAGAGUAUGACCAGGAUGAGAGCGUCACAUCUUUGUGGGGCGUUGGUGGCGUGCUCAGAGAUAGGACGGGGAGCCGCAACUGUCCCAUGACCGUGAUGGAGUGGUUUGGCCGCGGCACCGGCGAUGACAUUAAAGAUGCCGGGAUGGCGCGACGGCGCAUGGCAAUAGAGGCCCAGGAAAGGAGCACCAUGGACACCAGCGACGAGGCAAUUCUCGACAUGCUGCGGCAGCGAAUGCUCGCCAACAACGACUUCCUCCAGUACAUGGAGAUUGUCAUCGAGAGCCUCCGCUCCGGGGCAGAGUUCGAUCGCAUGCCGCGCCUCAUGGCGCACACAGGCGGCACGAACCCCCUGCAGGUGAAGCAGCUUGACUACCACAUACCGGCCAACACCCGCCGCCACAAGACCGACAAGUUCCUGCUCACCCAGAGCAGUGAUGCCACGCUCGUGGUGCGCCGUGGUGCUCCUGUCACUAUCAGCGUCCAGUUCGAUCGGCAGUACGACGGGAGCAGGGACCAGAUUUUCCUCAUCCUCAACACAGGUCUGGAGCCUAGUGAAUCUGAUGGAAGCCGCGUGCGUCUGGAGGUGCCCAGCACGCGCGGCUCGUUCUUCUCCGCGGACAACUCGCCCUACAGCAUCUCUCUGGUGCUGACCGAGAAGAACAGCGUCACGGUCAAGGUGAUGCUGCCGCCGUGCGCCGCGGUUGGCCUCUGGCGCCUAGAGGUUGAGACACGGCUGCGCGGUUCCGGAGACCCGUCCGACAAGUGCCUCUUCAACGUCAAGGAGACCUUCUACGUGCUGUUCAACCCCUGGUGCCCAGAGGACCUUGUUUACAUGCCACAGGAAGACCUUCUGCAGGAAUACAUCUUCAACGAAACCGGAAAACUGUACCAAGGCAAUUAUGACUACCCCACAGGAAAGCGUUGGUUCUUCGGGCAGUUCACCGACGUCGUCUUGCCCACGUGCAACUACCUUUUCGAGCUUGGCAACGUGAGCGUCAGCGACCGAAGUUCGCCCAUCAAAGUCGCCAGAGCACUGUCGGCGCUGGUUGACUCGAAGGACGAAAACGGCAUCCUGGUCGGCUCGUGGGACAACAACUACAUCGACGGUGUGUCGCCUACUGCCUGGACGUCCAGUGUCACCAUCCUCGAGCAGUACAUGCACACCGGUGGUGCACCCGUGAAGUACGGCCAGUGCUGGGUCUACUCCGGACUGGUAACCACAUUGUGCAGAGCCCUGGGAAUUCCCUGCCGAUCCAUCACGAACUUCUCCUCGGCGCACGACACCGACGGCAACCUGCUCAUCGAGCGCUUCUUCGAUGAAAACAACAACAUCAUUGCCGGGAGAAGCGAGGACUCUAUCUGGAACUUCCACUUGUGGAACGAACUGUGGAUGAUGCGUCCCGACCUUCCCGGAGACUACGGUGGCUGGCAGGUGAUCGACGCUACGCCGCAGACCCUCAGCGAUGGACUUUUCCGCGUGGGACCGUGCCCUGUCUCAGCGAUCUACAAUGGACACCUUGAACUGGAUUACGACACUCGGUUUGUCUACGCUGAGGUUAACGCCGACCUGGUAAGCUGGAAACGUGACCCGGCCACCGGCCAGUUCAGGCAGACAUCGAUGAGGAACUAUAACGAGGCCGAAGCCGCGGGAAUGCUCAUUUACACAAAGAAGAUUGGAGAGAUGACUGAGCAUACGGCGGAGGAUGCGGAAGAUUUGACCAAGUUGUACAAGGGCGUCAAAGUGAAGCCCAACAGGUCGGUGAUGGGCCUGUCUGGCGCUCCGCCUCCGGAGGACGUCGAGCUGAAGAUGGAGGAGAUAUCGUCGGUGCCAGCAGGACAGCCGGUCCGGUUGGCCGUCACCUGCACGAACCAGUCCAAGACGCCUCGCAAGGUCACGCUCACGCUCUCCGCCCACUCCGUCUUCUACACCGGCGGCGAGUACAAGAUGCUCAAGAAGCAGAGCUUCAACGUAGAGGUGCCACCCGGAAAGACCGAGACUGUAUGCCUGACUGUGACGGCUGACGAAUACCAAACCAAGCUGGCCCCGCAGAACGUCGUCAAACUGUUCGCCCAUGGCAGCUACGAGGGUAGCGGCCAGGGUACCUGGUACCGCCAAACUAGAAUCACCAUCGGAAACCCUACCAUCGACGUCCAGGUACACGGACCGGUCAGCGUGUCCAGACCUAUGGAAUACUGCCUUUCGUUUGACAACCCUCUCGGCGUUCCCCUGACCGGCUGCAGUCUGACCCUAGACAUCCCUGGAAUGCAACAAUCCCACGUUAUUCCUGUGGCGGACGUGCCUGCGAAGGGAAAGUUCGAGUACAAGAGCAGAAUUAUUCCGAAGCGUCCUGGCGAAAAGUCCAUUCUGGCAGUGUUCAACAGCAAGGAGCUAACCGAUAUCCGCGGAAACAAGGUAGUCGUCGUCAAGUAAGCUCUUGCCAGCUGCAACACCAACUCGACAAAAACGGCAUUCUCGGCGUAACAAGCGGCCUGCUUUUCAAUCCGUUAAACUAACUACACGUCAAUAAAAGAUCCUGGGAGCAUCGACUUUGUUGCCUUG